UUGACAACUUCAUUUUUUCUUAUUUUCAGAUUCAGAAAGCCUAAAAUGUUUAAGAACACGUUUCAAAGUGGAUUUCUUUCAAUACUUUACAGUAUAGGAUCAAAACCUCUCCAAAUCUGGGAUAAGAAAGUGAGGAACGGACAUAUCAAGAGAAUCACAGAUCAGGAUAUUCAGAGUUUUGUGCUUGAGAUUGUAGGAACUAAUGUGUCAACGACGUAUAUAACUUGUCCAGCUGACCCAAAGAAAACAUUAGGAAUUAAGCUGCCCUAUCUUGUCAUGAUAAUCAAAAAUAUGAAAAAAUAUUUCACUUUCGAAGUUCAGGUGCUUGAUGAUAAAAAUGUUCGACGAAGAUUUCGAGCAUCUAACUACCAAUCAACUACUAGGGUGAAACCGUUUAUUUGCACAAUGCCUAUGCGCCUGGAUGACGGCUGGAACCAGAUACAGUUUAAUCUAGCAGAUUUUACAAGGUCCAUACCACCCCUUGCUUUUAGAUUAUACUCCGAAGAAGAGCUUCCUGCUGAAUUUAAACUGUACCUGCCCGUUCAACAGAAGGGUCGUCUUCCUCCCUCAGAGCAGGGGCAGCAGCAGCAAAACUAGCUUUACUCGUCUACCUAGCUGUACUGGUCCACCUUGCAGCAGAACUAGCUAUACUUGCGCGCCUAGCAGCAGAACUAGCUGUACAGGCCAACCUACCAGCAUAACUAGCUGUAUUGGCGCACCUAGCAGCAAAACUAGUUGUACUGAACCGUCCUGAACUUGAUGUAUCAGUCCAGUAUUCUCCAUGUUAAAAAACAAUUUUGCGCAUUUUUAUCCUGUCAAAACCGGUUUACCAUUUAUAACCUUUAUCAUUGUGUUUUGAUGUAACAAAUAGUAUAAUUUUGUGUACACUGUACAAUUUACCGAGUUACCUACAAAGGACGAGACUUAAAUGACCCCCACAACUAAUAAAGUGAGUUCAGGUUAUUCGUUUUUGGCUCGUUUUUUUCGGUAUCAUUUCUUUCGGGGUCAAAAUUUAGCUUGGUUAAAGAAAAACAAAUGUUUAGUUUUUUAAACAUUUCUUCUUACACUUUGUCAAAUUUUGAUCCUAGCAGAUGCAAUUUGCAUAAAACUUCCCAAAAAGAUGCAAAAAAACGUGUCGUAGCGAUCGUUUUUGAGAUCUUUGAAGUCUAUUUUAUUUUUAAACAAACGAUCAAACGAUUAAUGACACUACUUACAGGCCACAACUCUUUAAAUUUUACGAUCUGGAGGUCGAAUUUAGUUUCCUAGACGAAUUAUUGUUUUUAAAUAACAUAAAAAAAAGAAAUAAAACAGGCUAAAUGUGAAAGAAAAACAAGAAUAUAAGAAAAAAGACUAAUUCUGUACAUUCGUCUCUAAAUUCUCAUCCUUAGCGCAUAAUCCUGUAAGACAUGUUGUACUAUUCUUUCUGUUUAUUAAAGUUUGUAUUUAAAAUAAAAUAUUGUUGUCCAUUGGAAGCGUACACUAAAUAUCCUUUUCCUGCUUUUGUUCAUGGUUUCCUAAUAAACAUACAAUGCAAUGUAA